AUGUUUGCGGUUCCCGGUGCGAAGAGGAUCAAAAGGUCUGAACUCUUCGAGGCCGGUGACAGUCCACCCGGCUCUCAAGCGGACUCCAGGUCGGGUUCACCAGCAAGCCCCGGUUGUCGUGACAGUGAUGGUGUCGUGGCCGUUCCCAAUUAUGGCUUUGAUUACGACUUCAUCUCCCAUGAAGUUCAAGUCGAAGCUGGCCUGCCAGAAGCCUCCAACCACGCCGAAAACGGGGAAGGUGACCAAGAACAGGAAUACCAGUUUCGCUUGUUCACAGCAGCUACUUCCCGACCAAAAGCGCAAACAUCACAACUGCAGUCACCAACCUCUCUGAGGCCGACAAUCAGGCUUUCGCGCUCUCCCUCGCCUUCUGCUCUCGAUCGAGCACCGGGCUUGGAUACAGCGCACUUCGUUCGCCCCUACCGCCCGCAGACUUAUUACUUUACCUCCGCUCUUCCGCAGGAGACUAUUCAGACCUUGAGGUCCCAGUACGUAGAAGUCGCGGUCUCAACUUCUGAAGUUCUCUCGCGCGCAAAGUCGGCCAGUUGGCCUGGCAGCACUCUGCCGUGGCGGGUUAUUCACGUGGAGCUCUCAAAUUCACCCCCAUCUGCGGAUCAAACUGCGCAGUCUCGAUCUAGCGCUUUUGUCAAAGCUCACGAUGCUUCGUCUUCCAGAUCAAAGUCAAAGCCAUCGAAGAAACGUCGCAUUGUCCUCCGUCGCCGUCUCGUCAAGCACAAUGAACUAGUUGCAGAGGCGAUGGAUGCGGAGAUGGCGGAGCGCGAGAAGCGGACUCGACGAAACCGCGAGAAAAAGGUCAAACGCAAGGAGAGGGAGAAGAGGAAGAAGCUAUUGGAAGGGCAACCCCAAGCAGAUGAUGGCCUUCACAAUGUUCCUAAGGGCAGCAACCAGGGAGAGGAGAUGCAUGAGGGGAAAGAGGACGCUGAGAUGACGGAUGUUCAGACUGGCCAGAGCCCGUCUGUAGCACCAAAACGCCAGGCUCCCACGGCAAAAGGCAGAGCGCCGACGUCGGCGCAUACCCUAUAG